AUGAGUGUUCACUGUUCAGUCUUCGUGCGUACUCCGCACCGUCCACACUGUUCACUCAAUUCCACGUUUUAUUUCUAACUUUGCUGUGUUGACUUUUUUCACUCGUUCCAUCCACACCAAUUUCCUGCAAAUACGUGGAUUUUUGGUGACUUCAUUUUGGUGAUGACACCAUGAAGAAGAGGCUUACUCAAUGUUUAGUUCUGAUGCAAUGACGUCAAAAAAACGGCAAGCACACAUCAGGGAAAAAUAAAGGAGAAGCGGAAGAUUCAAAAGAGACUUGAAAUUUAAUCACAUUUUAUUGCGCCAAGGUUGCAUGGAUGUGCAUCGAAAGUGGUAGCAAAAAAGACACGAGGAUGGCAUCUCGCUUAAGACCAAUAAAAAUUACAGCAGUGGGUGAUGGUAUGGUAGGUAAAACCUGCCUCCUCAUCACAUACGUUGACAAAAAAUUUCCCACGGAGUACGUACCCACUGUGUUCGACAAUUACUCAGAUAAUAUUACUAUGGAUGGGCAGGAGUUCAAUAUGAUACUCUGGGACACAGCAGGACAGGAAGAUUACGAGAGACUUAGGCCACUUUCAUAUCCAAAUACGGAUUGUUUCCUCUUGUGCUUUUCAAUCAGUGCAAGAAGUUCAUUUGAAAAUAUUUUUAGUAAAUGGUAUCCAGAAAUUAAAUUUCACUGCCCUAAUGUUCCAAUUGUUCUCGUGGGGACAAAAGGUGAUUUGAGAAAUCAAGCAACAACUGAAAUAAUUACACCGAAGGAAUGUAAAAAGAUGAAAGAACGAAUUCGAGCAGCCAGAUACGUCGAAUGUUCGGCAAUGAAUCAAGAGAACCUCCAAAUGGUAUUUAUCGAAGCAAUCAGAGCAGUUUUAAAAAAACCACCGGGAAAAAAAUUAUGCUGCAUACUGUGAAUCAAAAUGUUUCUAUGUUUGGAUAUUGAGAUUAAUUAAUUUAAAUUUUAAAUCGUAUUACCCCUUAUUUCUGGAGAAUAAUUCCUAUGAAUUUCAUAGGAAUUGAAUGAUUAUUGUAUGAAUUUCUCUCAAGUUUGAUGAAAGAAAGCCACGACCAAAGACUUGUUCAAGUACAGUUUGAUGUGCCUUCACUGUACAGAAUAAAUUUCUUCUACUGUAAAUACUUUUUAAAAUUCUCGGGGAAAUAUCCCUUGAAUUUUCACCUUAUAGAAUUAUCAAUUAAAGACUGUUUGUUCCUAAAAAUUCGAAAUUACUCCCAUUAUUCAACACACUAAUGUUUUUACGCUUGACCAAGAAUGCUCCGUUUAUAUUUAAUGAAGAAAGUAAACAAGUAUUGUAGAUGAAACUA